CUCUUUUUCUAAUUAAACACACACACGCACUUUCUCUCUCUCUCGUAAAAGUCACAACAUCAUGAGGAGGCUAUUCGGCAGAGGUUCCGCCGGAGAUUCGCCGCAGCAACCUUCGCCGUCACCAUCGCCGCCACUGUCCUCUCUUCACUCCUCCGUUAACAUUGCAGCUGGUCCGGCGAGACCGAUACGUUUCGUGUACUGCGAUGAAAAAGGAAAGUUCCAGCUCGAUCCGGAAGCCCUUUCGAUACUUCAACUCGUGAAGGAGCCAGUUGGUAUUGUCUCCGUUUGUGGUCGCGCUCGUCAAGGCAAGAGCUUUAUACUUAAUCAGCUUCUUGGCAGGAGUAGUGGCUUUCAAGUGGCGCCAACUCAUCGUCCAUGUACAAAAGGUAUUUGGUUGUGGAGUGCACCUUUAAGGAGAACUGCUCUUGAUGGAACUGAAUACAACCUGUUACUAUUGGACACAGAAGGAAUUGAUGCUUACGAUCAAACGGGAACAUAUAGCACACAGAUAUUCUCCUUGGCGGUCCUUCUUUCAAGUAUGUUUGUAUAUAACCAGAUGGGUGGUAUCGAUGAAGCUGCACUUGACCGCCUCUCUCUUGUCACUGAAAUGACUAGACAUAUUCGUGUUAGAGCCUCUGGAGGAAGGGCCAGUGCGUCUGAGCUUGGACAGUUCUCCCCAAUCUUCGUUUGGUUGCUUAGGGAUUUUUAUUUGGACUUGGUUGAGGACAACUGCAAAAUAACUCCGCGGGACUACCUUGAACUUGCUUUGAGGCCAGUUCAAGGUGGUGGGAGGGAUGUUGCUGCCAAAAAUGAGAUUAGGGAAUCCAUUCGUGCUCUUUUCCCUGACAGAGAAUGCUUCACCCUUGUGCGGCCUUUGAGCAAUGAAAAUGAGCUUCAACGGCUAGAUCAAAUACCAUUGGAAAACAUGAGGCCAGAGUUUAAAGCAGGUCUUGAUGCUUUGACAAGAUUUGUUUUUGAGAGGACAAGACCCAAGCAAGUUGGAGGGACUAUUAUGACAGGACCGCUCUUUGCUCGUAUAACUCAGUCCUUCCUGGAUGCUCUUAACAAUGGUGCAGUGCCUACCAUCACCUCUUCAUGGCAGAGUGUUGAGGAAGCUGAGUGUCAAAGGGCAUACGAUUUGGCUGCUGAUAGAUACAUGGCUUCUUUUGAUCGUUCUAAGCCUCCGGAGGAAGGUGCACUAAGAGAAGCCCAUGAAGAUGCAGCUCAAAAGUCCAUGACAGAAUUUAAUUCUACUGCUGUGGGGGCUGGAUCCAUCAGGAUGAAAUAUGAGAAGCGUCUCCAAAAUUUCAUAAAAAAGGCAUUUGAGGAGCUUAAAAAGGAUGCCUUUAGGGAGGCUUAUCUACAAUGUUCAAAUGCGAUUCAGGACAUGGAAAAGGAACUGAGGAUGGCUUGUCAUGCUCCUGAUGCAAACAUAGAUGGUGUGCUUAAGGUUCUUGACUGUUCAGUGUCCAAGUAUGAAGCAACUUGCCAAGGUCCUGAAAAGUGGAGAAAAUUGAGUGUCUUCUUACAACAAAGCUUGGAAGGUCCACUUUUUGAUCUCAUCAAGAAGCAGAUAGACCAGAUUGGAUCAGAGAAAACCACUCUUGCAUUGAAGUGCCGUUCCAUCGAGGAUAAGAUGAAUUUACUUAACAAACAACUGGAAGCUAGUGAGAAGUAUAAAUCUGAGUAUUUGAAGCGUUAUGAAGAUGCCAUCAACGACAAGAAGCAGCUUGCAGAUGAUUACACGAGUCGUAUUACAAAUUUGCAGAGUAAAUAUAGUUCAUUGGAAGAGAGAUAUUCCAGCUUAUCAAAAACAGUCAGUUCUGCUAAACAUGUGUCCGCAGAAUGGAAAAGAAAAUAUGAACAACUUCUAUUGAAGCAGAAGGCUGAUGAAGACCAAUCAACUGCAGAAGUAUCUGUUCUGAAGUCCAGAACUGCUGCUGCUGAAGCAAGGCUUGCUGCUGCCAAAGAACAAGCUGAAUCGGCUCAGGAGGAGGCUGAGGAGUGGAAACGUAAAUAUGACAUUGCCGUCAAGGAAGUUAAGAAUGCUCUUGAGAAGGCAGCAUCUGUUCAAGAGCGCGCAAACAAGGAAACCCAACUGAGAGAAGACACUUUAAGAGAUGAUUUUUCGAGCACUCUGGCUGAUAAGGAAGAAGAAAUAAAAGACAAGGCAUCUAAGCUUGAGCAGGCUGAGCAGCGUUUAGCGACACUGAAUUUGGAGUUGAGG